UAAAAAUAAAAGUUCCAAUUACCAAAGAGGGCAAUUUUGACUUAAAAAGACAACAGGAAAUUACUGAAAAAUAUGAAUACAUUAGGAAGUUAAGAGAUAAAGAAAUUACUAUCGGAGAAAUUUUUGAUUUAUCAAUCGAAAGCAAUAGCGACAAAUUAAGCAAAUCUUUUGUAGAAAAGCAUAAAGGCAAUAUACCAGUUUAUAGUGCUUCCAAGGAUGAGAACUCUGUUGAUUAUGGAACAAUACAAGAUAAUCUGCCUAACAUAAAAUACUUUGAAAAUUGUUUAACUUGGAAUAAGGACGGUUCAGUAGGAAAAGUGUUUUUUCGAAAAGGAAGAUUUAGUUUAUCAAAAUUGGUAUUUCCUUUAAUUAUAAAAGAUAUUUAUAAAAACUGUUUUGAUGAAAUUUAUUUAAAAUACACCAUCGAAAAAGAACUGAUGAAACACAAUUUUGGCUUUACUAAAAAGGCUAGUAAAGACAGAAUAAAAAACAUCAAGAUAAAAUUUCCUAUAACUCUAAAAGGUCAGUUUAAUUUAGAAAAACAAAAAGAGAUAGCCAGCAAAUAUAAACAAAUUGAAGAAAUAAAGGAAAAGAUAAUAAAAGAACUAGAAAAAAUUGAAAACACCAAAAUUAGAACUGACUUAGAUUAA